AUGGCCGCAGGUGAUAGUCCUAUACACUGCAGUAUUAUGGACAUGUGGCCGUACGAGGCUCAGUCAUUAUGCAAGAAGACUGUCCCUAUCUACGUAAUGCCGGAUAAAAAGCGUUGGCUCGACCCUUACCGGACCAACAUCGAAUUUGAGCGCUCCAUUGCCACGACAAUCUAUCCGGAAUGCGUUAACUGGGACGCCGAUAUAGCUGAGCUGGCUGAAACCCUCGUGUCGAUGCACGAAAUGAUUUCUUCGCAAGUUCCCAUUGUAUCGGCGAGAGCUGUCAAAAAUCCAGAUUUUUAUUAUCGAGACAUUGUCUAUGGCCACCCAGAGGUUUUCAUUGUUCAGCCUAUUUUCCGGGCCAUGUUAAUUAUCUUGCCUUCUGAUAACUUCAAUGUGACAAGCAUGGGUGGUGAGGAACUUGGUUCAACCUCUGUUUAUUUGGUGCUCACUAACUGCACCCUGGGACUCAGUGCCCCAAUUACCUUCGAGCCCAUAUUGGAUAAAGUCGAGCGCACUUUUUCCGAUAGUGUUGUACAAGUCACUCUCAAGGACGCGAUUAUAUUCGCUAAAGACCUUGACCACCGUGAAAAUGCCAUCUACGGCCCGCUUCCCAACCCAGCCAAGAUGGAUCAAGAAUUAUACGAAACUUAUGUUGAUCAAGAUGGAUCCCUGGUUAGAGAGAUGGCUAAACGAAUGGGCGAUAUCGAUGAUCUUUCUUGUCUGAAAGGCCCGAGCUCGGGCUGGGUGACUCGGCCCAGUAAAUAUACAAGAAAGGAGGCAGAAGCCGCUAUUGACAGAGAAGCAAACCAAGACAGACUCGAAUUAGCCAUUCGGCAGAGGUGGAUAAAGGAAUAUGUGACAAGGGAGGAGCAAGAUUAA